CGCAGUAACCCGGAAGAAAACGACUGAGCGGGCUGUGUGGACUGAGCGGGCUGCGAGAGCGGCAAGCUGCGCAGACCGAGAAGGGGAUGGCCACCUUCUUUGGGGAGGUUGUGGCGGCACCAUCCCGAACUGGGGUGGACGAUGACGAGGAGGAGGAGGGGACGGUGGCGCGAGAAGAAGCGCCGGAGGAUCGGGAGAUUCGCAUAGAGCUCGAGAAGAAAAGGGAAGUCCAUAUUCUCUGGAACACAGCAUUCACUCCAUCUACAGGAAAUUCUUCAAAUCAUCUGUUUCCUUGCUCAAAGUUCAUACUGGGUAUAGGACACAAUGCAGCAGCAUUCUUGUCUUCAUUUGUUUUGAAUUCUGGAGACUGGGAAGUAGUUGGAUCUGUCAAGCUGUGGAAUGAAUGGUGCAGAACAUCAAACACAACCAAUGUCCUGCCAACAGAUUCUUUCUGUUUGUUUUAUCGGUUGAUUUCAGAUCCUACAGUUUUGUUGUGCCAGUGUACUUGUUUUGUGGCUGAGGAUCAGCAAUUUCAGUGGCUUGAAAAGGUUUUUGGAUGCAUGCAGAAGACAGAUUUGCAAGUAGCUGUUCUUUCAACAUCCUCCGUUACAGAUUAUAAAACAUCUGAAUCAACUUCAAUACUUUCUUCUCCUUUUCUGAAAGCAUUAAAAACAAAACAGUUCAAAGAUAACGUCUGUUGCUCACUUCUAGAACAACCAAAUAUUGUACAGGAUCUCCCUGCAGCAGUUCUCAGCUACUGUCAAGUGUGGCAGAUCCCUGCAGUACUUUAUCAGUGUUAUACUGAUGUCAUCAAACUGGACAUCAUUACAAUUGAAGCUUUCAAGCCUGUCCUGUCUUCCAAAAUCCUGAAGAGUUUAGUUAAGGACACUUCUAGAAGCACAGAAACCCUGGUAAAAUUGAUGACAACGACUGAAAUCAACAAUAUCUACACUUAAAAUGAAAGAUUUUCUGUGUUGAAUGCUUUUUAAGUUGGAUCAUCUUUGCAGGCCUUUUGGUUAGUCUUUAAACUGGAAAGCCAUUCUUUGGUUGGAUACUG